AUGGAAUAUUUAUCAAUAACAUAUUCCAUGCGAGCAAUCAAGAACCCAUCCUACUACCUGACAGGUAUUUUAUCCGUAAAUUUGUCAAGCGACGUUCUAUUUAGCGUGAAGUUGCGUUUUCCAAGUACAAAAAUUGUUCUGCUGGUUGAGACUGUGAAUACUGCGGAAGACUCUUUUUGUGAAGGACAAAAUCCCUCGUGCCCGGUUCACGUUCAUGACACACCUUCAUCGGUUCCCAGAAGCAGAGGCCAAUUUUUGCCAACAAGUCACUGCAAUGGCUUUCAGCAAGCGUCAAAAAAAGAGGUAGAGCAACCGGAACGACUUUGGAUGACACAAGACCCCCAGAAUGGCAGUCCGAGUAUUCCAAAAAAAGAAGAGGAAUACGAAACUGAAGCGGGUCGUUACAAUAUUGUAUCAUACCGACUGAACCCUUUCUCCUUGACAUGUCCAUUAACCGUGGAGACAGACUUUGAAUCUACAGCAUCCUAUUGGAGAUUUACACCGUCCAUAACUUUCCCGACGGGACCAGGUGCGCAAGAUAGCACCUUUGCAGUAAAGACAUGUCCCUCGGUCUCGACUUUUCAAACUUCUGGAAUUGGCUGCACUCUCCCUAUGACUAACGACCAAAGUCAACACAAUGUAGACGCUGUGCUUUCUUCC